AUGGCGAAGUUAGUAAUUUUAGUGUUGUGCGUAGUGCUUAUGUAUAUGAUAUCGGCAAAAUAUGUCGAUAAAAGGAAGUGUCCUGAAGUGAGAGCAGUGCCGCAUUUUGAUUUGCCACGGAUGUUAGGCGACUGGUACGUAGUGGAAUAUUAUGCGAGCGCUGAAGAGGCUCUUUCGUACAGCUGUAUGAAAGCAGUUUUCACUGAAGACGACCACGUUCCUACCGCAGAUGGUUCCAUAGAGUUUACGCCAGGAGUGACCAUGAACUUUACCUACCGUUUUGCUGACGACCCUUUGGGCGAGAACCUGCUUGGAAAUAUUACUUGGAGGGUCGAUUUGAACGAACCGGCACAUUGGACCCAUGCUGAAAAGACUUAUGACGGCAUAUACAACACAUAUGUACUAGAUACUGAGUACAAGACCUGGGCUUUACUCCUCCACUGCGCGGAGCAGACGGAAGGCGCAAGGUAUUUGAGUGCAUUCGUCCUCUCACGAAACACGACGCUACCGAAGAACGUAAUGGCUUAUUUACGGGAUAAGUUGCCUAGAUACGAUGUUGACGUCAACUACGUGUUUCCGAUUCCACAUAAAGAUUGUUCUACUAAACCGCCCAUGUUCGAUUACUCGCCCAUUUUAGUAGAGGUUGGCAGUAAAGUACCGAAGCGGCCAGGGGUUAGCUACAAAGUGGCUUUUGGACAUUAA